UUUCAAAGCUGACACUAGGUCUUGUCCUGCCCCAACCUUGGCCGGGGAUGAGGAUGAGUGCAACACUUUUUUUUUCCAAUGCAUAUGCAUGUUCAUGUCACACACCACACGACUAUUCUAAGCACACGAAAAAUUCUCUAAAAAUAGCUACGAAACGGUUCUUUCUUUGGGUCCCCUUUGUUGUUAUUGCAAUUAUUGUAAAGUGACAAUCUUUUUUUUUUCUCACAAAAUGUGUUCUUCAGAAAUGAUUUGACCUCGCACUACAAUGCCAGAAGUGAUUUAUAUCCAAGUUCAAGUUCUUUUUUGGUGUACGUAUGUCGGGUGCUGUGCUAUGAUGGAUUAUCUCAGAAAAUACAUACUACGCAAUUGGAGGAUUGGAUACAAUUCGAGCGAAAUGUCUGUCCCGCAGAAGGGCCGCCGCGAACGCUGAGAACUGGCCGCUGACUGAUAUUCAGUGCUAGCGAAUUAUUUAUUGAUCAUUCUCUUUGCUCGCCGGGCAAUCAUCUGGCUUUGGCUAUAAUUAAACUAAUGCUCAAUGUGCGAAAAGUUGACGUCAUGGAACUCUGCAUGGCGCCUGCUGAAAUUCAAAAAUGGCGGCUAUAUAUCAUGACUUGCUGGGCAGCACUGGUACUGGCACGUGUGUCAUCGAUAGCUGCACAGCUGAUUGAGGCUUAUUUUCAAAACAACGCAAUGUUGCGGCAACUGUGCAGAUCUCAUAUAACAAAAGUACGAUGCCCAAGUGCAUCUGUGCCUGCAGCGAUACAACAGUUAAAUCAACGCCGCCUCACAACUAAACCCGCUGCCGGGAGAACAGCGUCACUCGACGACGACGCUUCCUUUUCGGAAUGGCGAACCAUUUACAGCCUGCCAUCAAUACGACUGGUGGCUGCAUUUAAUAAGCUCAAAAUCUAUCAGGCUGCUCUUACAGCCGCCGGGGCGCCCAUUGCCUUUGCUCUUGGACAGGCCGGGCACGUUGCCACGGAUGCACUAGGGAUCUAUUCCGCCAUAGGAGUCAGCGGGCUGAUAACACUAACCCUGGCCAGUUAUGCGGCGACAAAUCUCGUUGGAUUCAUCUACAUCAACGAGCAGCAGGACAUGCUGAAGCUGGCCUAUGUGGAUUUCUGGGGUCGCCGCGUUGAGACUUUGGUGGAGACCGAUGAUUUGCUGCCCAGCUGGGAGCGGGGAUCAACGAGCCGACUGAGAUUCGUUCUGUCCAUUACCCUGCGGAGUGAUGCCCAAAGGCGCUACAAGUUGUUGAAUCGUUUUGGCAACAUAGCAGAUCGUCAAUUAUUUGAGGGUCUGUUUGGCGAUUAAUACAUAAGAAGCAGGAGAUUGGAGACACUUGUUACUUGUUACAUACGAGGUGUGCAAACGUUUACUAACGUGUACAGUCCUAAGAUUAAUCAAAUUAUAUAAUUUAAGUCUAAUUGAUGAGAGAUUGUAUACGCAGGAAUGGCUCCUACAACAACUGCCUGCCUUUAUUAUUUGCCCAAAGCGAUGGCCUCUUCCACCUGCAAUGUAUGUAAGAUAAGAUAUCAAUAUAAUAUCGUAGGGUACCUCCGAAACCCACCGUAUCGGGCAGCUUCAUGUGAAAGGUUUCCGGCAGCAGCAGCGAGAGGAGACCAGCCAUCAGCGAGACGGCUCCAAAGAGCAGCAGCGGAAGGGGCUCGUAGUAUGAUCCCUGCGUGGAUGAAAAUGCGUGGAUGGCAAACACGGUUGGAUUGAAUGUACGAAAAACCUACCAGCAGCGGCACAAAGGGAGCCAGCAUGGCUCCACAGCGAGCAAAGGUGGACAUGACGCCAACGCCUCCACUACGUAUGACCUGCAGAAGAAUGUAUGUCAAUCGAAUGGGACACUUUGAAGGUUCUUCUCACACACCGUUGGCAUCAUUUCCGCGGUGUACGUAUAGAUGACGGCGAACGAGGACGUAAUGCCAAGCUUUCCAAUGAGAAAGAGCGACACAAUUAACCAGUUGGCCCCUUGGAUGGAUUUGGAGAAGAAUAAACAUUAUUCGCAAUCAAGAAUAGGCAAACAUUAACCAUGACUAAAGCGAUAUGCAAACAAACAAGGAGGUGGGCCCGACUCCACCAACAUUUACCCUCACCUCGAAGUCCGCUGGGAUUCCCAUCGACUUUUACUUUGCGGGCAUGCACAGAAAUCGCAUAAGAAUUAGCUUAAGUCUAAAUUGUUAAGUACACCACCUACUCAUAGUCAAAUAGCCGCUGGCCACACAUGUGACCGCACAGAGCAGCAGGGAUCCAGACAGAGCCAGGCGUCUGCCAAGCUUCCGCAGGCACAGCUGUGAAAAGAAGAUGGACCUGUCAAUUUUGGAACUGUGGGAUACUCAAACGGAACGUACCCACGCCAAGCUGUAGCCGGGGAUUUCCACAAGGCAGACCAGGGUAAAGUUGAGAUACUUGUUGCCACUCAAACUGGUCGAGUUCAAGGAGAGUCCGUAGUAGACGAUGGCAUUGACGGCCCAAAUGAAGAGCAUGUUCGCAUAGCGAACGAUCAGAAUAUGAGAUGCAAACACCUCCUUGACGGCCAGCCAAAUUUGGCUAUUUUCCUGUUUCUCCUUCUGAUCGGAGGCGGUACUUUCCAUGUCCAGUUCCUGCUGCUUGAAACUGGCCAGCAACUCGAUGGAAAUAUCCCGGCGAUUGACCUCCGCCGCUCUCCGAAUAAUCACGCCAGCCUUCUCCCGCUGGUUGCGAGCCAGCAGCCAUCUCACCGACUCCGGCACAAUCCAAAAGUACCCCAAAAAUAUCAGCGGUGGUAUGGAAAGGACCAGCUGCAACUGCCGCCAAUCGGAAAGGAACAUGGACAGCCCCAACAGGGCCUCGCCCACCGCAUAGAAGUAGUUGAGCACAAUGGAGGACAUCUCCCGCUUCCUCGGACCCACCAUCUCCACGCCAAUGAUGAAGGCCAGCGGAUACACGCCGGAGGUGCCAACGGCAUUUAGCAGGGCAAAGCUCAGAAAACUGAUGUAAUCCCAUGCCAGGGCCUGCGCUAUUCCAGUCACAGCCAUGAAAAGGAUGCAGAACAGGAAUAUGCGCUUGCGUCCAAAUCUGAGAUGAACCGGAGAUACUGAUACUGAAUGGGUGGGAUAGAGUGGAUUGAUCAGACUCACCGAUCGGCAAGGUAACCGAAUAACGCGGUACCGAUCACCAGACCCGCAAAAUGUGUCGUUCCCACAAAUGCCAGCUUCCAGGCAUUCUCUUCGCACAUCAGCUGCCACUCCUGCAAAAUGGUUCGCUCCUGGCUACCGUACACGAACUGCAGGCAACGUUCCUUCUCCUGUGUGAAGUUAGCGGCCGUGCAUUGUUCCGCUUGCAGAGACUCCCAGCUGAAAGUACUCGUCUCAUUGGCCACAUAUCGUUCACAGAUGGCUGGCUUAAAGGAGCCCUUCUUGUUCCAAGUACCAGGCACCGCUAUGGGCACCCAGUCGGCUUGGUAGUCUGGCGCCUCGAUGCUGUCACACCCAGGUACGUAGCAGCGAUAGGUGGGCGUGCCAGCCGUGAACACAUACGACAGACUGUUUGCAGCGGCGAAGAGAACCGGGAGACAGAUAAGCAGAUAGUUCCGCCGCUGAUAGCGUCCGAAUUCCCCAAUUUGAUUGAGUAUUUCAUCAAAGUCCAAUACGUCUGUUGCCGGUCCAGAUGCUGAAUGUGACAUUUUAUCCCUUACCCAGAAAAUAUCUCUUGUAGAUAUCUUGAUACUUGUUCAAUAAUAAGUCACUUGGCCGCUGCUCCAGAGUCAUGCGAUGCGUCGUAUAUAGGGCGUAUCUGUUCAGUCAGACAUCAAAGGCCCUGCUCUUGAAGACCUGAGGAGAGCGUGGUGUUUGUAUGUGAAUGGAAUCUUCGAAGAUACAUAUAU